UUAAGGGAGAAACAAUUGGUAGGUAUUAUAAAUAUGGUCUAAGUAAAAAUUAGAUGAGCAAUUGAAUUAAGUAAUCAUGUUAGCCUCGUUUAUUUUACUAACUUUCCUCAUUAAUUUCCACCUCGAUGAAGCUUGUUUCAUCACUAAUUGUCCACCCGGAGGGAAAAGAUCUCAUGGUGACAUUGACCAUAUGAGAGAAUGUCUUCGUUGUGGUCCAGGUAACAAAGGAGGAUGUUUCAAUGAUUUAACCUGUGAAAAUGGCACACCAACUGCUGAUGAAUCACUUCAACGUAUCUUUGAUUCACAAUCUUCGCAUAAAAUUACAGUUUAACUGUUCCAAUGAUAAUUAUGAUUAAUUGAAAGAAAAGAAAAAAAUUGAAUUUCCUAGUUUGUAUUUCGCGCUAUAUCUUAAUUGCAAAUCUUGGAUCCAUUUUAACACUUGGACUCGAUACUGCAAGUGCUUAUCGAGGUCAAUAGAUGUCUCGAGGAUUAAUUAAUUGUUGCACUUAAUCAUCAUUUCAAUAUUUGUCUCAUUCUUGAUUGUAGACGGAGCGAAACAAUUCAAUCAUAUUAUCCGUAUUUUGCCUAGAUAUAGAAUGUUAAUUUAAUCAUAGUUAACUUUUUAAUCAAUUAUCUA